CCAUAACUCUGUUGGAGUGGUUUCGCCCAGGUUUGAACUGGAACGUUGACGUUGUUGCUGUACGCAUCUUUUAAACGGUGGAACGAUACAUUGUUACCAGUCAGCGAAUGUACGUCAUCUUUUAACAACGCCACCGAAAUACCGACAACAGACUGUUACCGAAAUGCCAAAUCAAAGGGACGAGGCUGCUGAAGAUUCCCCUGCUGACCUUCCCUGUCUGGAAAAACUUGACUCUCCUACGGGGAGCCCACCCACCGCCUCAUUAUCCAGUCUGAUGGAGCUGGAAAAUUGUGUUUCCAAUCUGAGCCUCGCGCAUGAGAUAGUGGUGAACAGAGACUUCUGCUUCAAACCCCAGAGCCCUUCCACAGACAGCCUGGAGGGCAGAGUGACAGAGAUUGUUCAUCGAGCAUUUUGGGACAGUCUUCAAGAGCAGCUCAACAGUGAUCCUCCGAACUACAACCAUGCUGUCAUUCUGCUCCAGGAAGUCAAGAGUAUGCUUCUGUCCCUGCUGCUGCCCGGUCACGUCAGACUGAGAUCCCAGCUGGACGAGGUGCUGGACAUGGAGCUGAUCCAGCAGGAGGUUAAUCAUGGGGCUCUGGAUCUCCACAGACUGGCAGGAUACAUCAUCAACACCAUGGCUUCUUUAUGUGCACCUGUGCGUGACCAAGAGAUCAGGGCACUGAGGGACCUCAAGGAGCCUGUGGAGCUCCUGAGGGAGAUCUUCCGCGUCUUGGGUCUGAUGAAGACCGACAUGGUUAACUUCACCAUCCAGAGCCUGAGGCCUCACCUCCUGCAGCAGGCCGUGCAGUACGAGAGGGCCAAAUUCCAGCAGAUUCUGGACAAGCAGCCAGCUUCUCUGGACAAAACCACCGCGUGGCUUCAGGCAGCAAUGUCAGAAGAAGCAUCGGCCAUCAGAGCUCCCAGUCCUGACAGUCAGGGACCUAUCAGUGCCACCGCUGUCCUCAACCGGGCCUACAUGCAUCUGCUACACUGGGACUCGCAAGACCAGAAAUAUCCCGAGACUGUGCUAAUGGACCGAGCCCGUCUGGACGCUCUGGGCCAGCAGCUCCAGAUGCUGGUCCUGGAGGCAUCGGUGCUGCUCCUGACCAACGCUCAGUGUGGGGGCGCCAUUUUCUCUCUGCUGGGGUUUGUAGGUAAACUCAGGCAGUCCGUCGCUGCCCUGCUGGAGGGCAGUCACACCAGGGAAGCUGACCUGAAGCAAGCGCUGCUGGGACUCGGGGAGACUGUUCUGCAGCAGGUGACCGAAGCCCUGAGCGGCCAGAGAGGAGCAUCCCUGCCUCAGGAGAGCCUGGAUCUGCUAAAAGGACAAAUAUCUGAGCUGUGGAAGCACAAUAACCCUGUUCGCACACUCAUAGGAGAAAGGGUACAGGGCUUCCUCCAGGCCAUGCUGCAGGGCGGCCCCACUAAAAGGAGUCCAGAACUGCCCGCUCCCCUCAGGCUGGUGAGCACUGAGCUAGCCGAGCUGGGGAUGGCCUUUGGGCGAAUCGUCCACUUCAACCGAACGGUCUUCGGUCCCUUUUACGCACCCCUCCUCAGGAAACUGCUGUUCCCACCGGGAGAGGCCGAGACGGGGGAGGACUCGCGUUAGGCUGAGGGUGACCCAGACAACAUCCAGUGACUGUUACAUAAGCUACAUUUUGGCGCUGAAUGUGUAGCUGUAGAGUGUAAAUACAGAGAAUGAGAAUGUUUGAGGGAAACACAUUUAGAGUCUGCAGGAAAGAAAAAGUUUGGUAAUCAAGAAAGUGCUGAAUUAUUAUUGCAUUAGUAAUAUAAUGCAUCUAAACCACACGCUUGAGUAAUCGAUUGCGUGAAACAAAUUGAGUAAUAGAAAACUUAGUAUGAGUCAUAAUAAGAGAUUGAUUGUGAUUCUGAACUGUUUUUGAAUAGGCUGGAAAAAAUAUUUUGUUCAUUUUCACUCAAGAUAAACACCCUCAGGAAAAGUAUAAAGUACCAAAGAUUAUGCUAAUAGUUUGUAAAUAGUACUUCAGUUUUAAAAUGUAGCUGGUUUCUGUUGUUAUCUUUAUGUUUGCAGACAAUUAUGUAUUACGCCAGGUUCAGACAGGAGGCAGAAGCAUUGCUGCCUACUUCCUUUCCCCUUAUUUUUUUCCCCACACAUUAGGAAAUUUCAAAAUCUGCCCUUUCACUGUUCAGUCCCUCCAGGAUUUUGCAAGCGUGUGUUUGUGGCGCUCUAAAAUGACUGAUUUCACAGCAGGUUUUCUAAAAAAGUGCGAUGCGCGUUGCCAUUUUUUAGGCAUGGCUCCUUGCAAGAGGAGGUGAAAAUUGCAAAAGUAUAAAUUAAAUUAUUAAAAAUUUAAAGCAACUUUUGCAUGUGACAUGUGAGAAAUUUGUGCUUUUUGAUGACGUAUGGCUCAAGGAACAAUGAAUUUGCGGAAAGGUCGUGUUGAUUGGACAAAAGUGCAGUUUUCACAGUGAUCGGUUGAGUUAACGCUAAUUGUUGCAGUUGCAACCUCUUGGAGGGACCAAUCUUUAUUAGAAAUAGUAUCACUUACUUUUUCCACAUAUUUGUAAGUUGUGUCUAAAAAGAGAUAGAUGAGCAGAAACACACACACACACACACACACACAGGGAAAAGAGAAGCCCCUCCCUGCAGAUCACACAAGGUGAUGAUCCUUUUAACUUCAUUGUCGCAGAAGAAGCAACAUCCCGCUUAUCCAGGAACACAUUAAAAACAUUAUUAAUUCAUGAGGUUAUUAAAAUCAGCUCCAUGUGUGAUUAGAAAAAAGCAGAGGAGCACAAUCUGGCAGCGCUUCCGACUCGUGUCUGAACCCAGCGUAAUUUACCAAAGACAGUGUGCACUUUUUUUUUCCUUUUAUCCUUCUGUAAUUAUAAACCAAAACUAUAAUCAAUGUUUCCUUACAGUUGUGGGUAUUAGAGGCGGUGAUGUGUGAAACAGUGGUUAUUUGUAAAUAAAUACCAAAUUGAUUAACUGUAA